AUGUUACAUCCAAAAUCUACAGAAAUUUACUUUAAGUUAAACAAUGGCACCACUAUCCCAGCCUUAGGGUUUGGUACCUAUGCCCCAAGGGAAAGGAUUCCUGAAACUAAACAAGCCGUAAAAGCAGCAAUCAAAGCCGGUUAUAGACAUAUUGACACUGCGUGGGUCUAUGAAUCCGAGCCAUAUGUCGGCGAAGCUAUUAAGGAAAUGAUUGAAGAAGGUGAAGUUUCGAGAAGCGACCUCUUUGUCACCACUAAGGUUUGGCCAGUUUAUUGGGACAAUGUUGAAAAAUCAUUGAAUGAGUCCUUGGAAGCCCUAGGACUUGAUUAUGUCGAUUUAUUACUUCAACACUGGCCUCUUUGUUUCCCUAGAGUUGAAGACGAGAAGAACGGGGUCAAUGGGUUAGUCGCAUACCCAGAAGAUGAUGAAGGCAAGCCACUUUUGAACGAGAAAGGAGACUUUUUAGAAACUUAUAGACAAAUAGAAAAAAUAUAUUUGAAUCCAGACGAUCACAGGGUCAGAGCCAUCGGGGUUUCCAAUUAUGCCAUUGAAUACCUUGAAGCUUUGUUCAAAGAAUGUAAGGUUAAACCCGUUGUGAACCAGGUCGAAAUACACCCACAUUUACCACAGUUGGAAUUGAAUAAGUUUUGCCAUAAUCAUGGUAUACUGUUAACUGCUUAUUCACCAUUAGGUUCUGAUGGUGCUCCAAAUUUGAAAAUUCCAUUAGUUCAUCAAUUGGCUGAAAAGUAUGAUAUGUCAUUGAACGAUAUCUUGAUCUCCUACCAUAUUAGAAAAGGUAAUACUGUUAUUCCUAGAUCAUUGAAUCCAGUCAGAAUCGCAAGUACUAUUGAGUUCGCACCAUUCACUCAAGAAGAAUUGAAACAACUAGAUAAUGUAGGUAUUGAAGAACCUGCUAGAUUUGUAGAUGCUGCUUUUGCUCAGCAAAUUCCAGGAUUUGGUAAAUCCAAAAAAUAA